AUGUUUUUCCCAACUCUGCUACGGCGGGCGAACGCUCUGCCCAAAUUCGAUUUUGCCAGGAAUCCAUACAAGUCGAAACGCACAUGGCCGCCGGACUUUACCAAACUCUCGCAGAAACAUCAGUUUCGUCUUGAACGCCGCUAUCGUAGGAGGGCCAAGCUGAAGUGGGCAAGACCGACAUGGACAAAGUUCGUCAAGCUGUCCACCUGGGCCACUAUCUCGUGUAUGUACAAUUCAAUCUUAUGCGACAAGGACGUACUGACUCUGUGCUUAGUUGUCGUUGUCUAUGGUCUGCUGUUCAUGGACAUUGAAGAAGGCACCGUCUUUGGCACUGUAUGUCGACCUCCCCAGAAACUCCGGCGACUUGUGCUGACAUACUCANNGAUCCGCGACUACUACGCAAGAGCAACCAACGACAUGUUUGGCACAGCGAGACGAACUCCUCCUAUCAAGCCACGUGCUACCACCGAAGACGAUCAGUCCGUGUCAUGA